AUGACGAUAGUCAUAGUUGGCUUAUUUGCCAUUUUUGUGGCAUUUGUGUGCCUGGCUAGGAGGAAUCUCGGUCCGAGGAGGAAAAAAGGGACUUUGAUAAAGACGAUUGUUGUACUUGGCCCAGGUGGUCACAGUCGCGAGAUGGUUGAGAUUCUAAAGCUUUUAGACCGCACUAGACACGUAUUCAGCUUCAUCAGACCUUCCGGAAGCACAAGUGGAGUUUUUGAGGAUGUUUCAGCAUUUAAGCUUUAUGGAUCAGGAGGAAACAGUCACCCGUGGACCGCAGUCAGGACCGUACCUUCUCCACACCUUUCCGGGAAAUUCCCAGUUAGAGGCAUUGCCACCCUUGUCUACUCAUUUCUACGUUCCAUUUUCGUCAUCUCCAGUCUAAAUGCAGAUCUAGUCAUAUCAAAUGGACCGGGAAUCGCAGUGCCCGUGCUCCUGGCAACACGCAUAGUAAAUCUUUUACUGGCAAGGAAAACCAAGACAAUCUACAUUGAAAGCAUGUGCCGCGUCGACACCUUGUCAAAAAGUGGGAGAAUACUACGCCCAUUCGUAGACAAAUUUGUGGUCCUUUGGCCAAAUUUGGCAAAGUAUAAAGGAACCACUUAUCUUGGAAGUAUGAUACAUACGCCAUAUUAG